AUGAGCACCGCUUGGCCCCAGAUUUUCCCAGAAGCGCGGGAGGCCGUGUAUCAAUAUACAGAAAACAUACCCUAUGUUGAAAGACAGGCUGCACUUGGUCAAGGCGGCGAUCUGAUCCCAGUUUUCAUGCAUGGUCCUGAGGAAUCCGAUGCAGUACAGCCCCAAGCCGACAGAAUUCAGCAACUGUGUCCACUCAGCGGUCCUUUACCACCGGUUGCACUGCUGGAUGAGAGAGGUUGGGAGGAUGGAAUACUACGCCGAAGAGCGCCCCUCAGACCGCUAACAGCAGACGAGCUUUAUGUGGAACUGAAGAAACCUAGAUUCCGGCCACAGCAACCAUCCCCCCGUCCUGUUAGUAGUCCUUCCUCGGAGAACAGACUCCAUCGAGCCUUGCCAAGAUUUGGCAUUCACCUUUUUGGUGGAACACCCAGAGCUCGACCGGUCCACCACCUACGACGCGACGACGAUUCCGCUCCAGAGACUGCGGGAGUCGCAUUGCACGAGCCGAAUGCGGACCGGCGCCUCGUCUUCAUCACUGAUCUAGAUCUUUCCAGUAUCUAUGCCCUUGCCAGUACUGCGUCAGAGUAUCAAGCCCCGGCACUCCGCGCUGCCAUUUACAAGCAUCUGGCCUUGGAGACCUUCAUCGAGACAAAAAUUUCCACAAUAGGGCUUCCUACGUUUGAAUUAGCUUUCCACGUCCCGUACUUCGCGUUGCGAGCUUCGAAGGAAGUUCAGGAAGACCCACGUCGAGACGUGAGCGGGAAUCGCUUACGAGAUUCACACAAUGUCUCAUUCCUUACCUGUACAACUGAUCAACCGGUCGCCCAUCUCCACGAGGCACAAGUCUCCGUUGUUGUCACAGGAUGCGACGAGCGGCGAUGGGUUGCCUACUGCUUUGUGGACACUUAUUUUGACACUCGAGAAAAUGGGAAAGAAGACGUCUUAUCUUAUUACGAUGACAGUCAAGGCGAAGAAGGAAUGAAUGCAGAUCCUAUCACAUGGGGCGUGCACAACGCAGACGAUCCAAUCGAGAAUCCGAGAGAAUAUUAUCUCGAGGUAAUCCGGAUUCGAAUGCACCAGAUCUGUCAAGAAUGGGCCCAAAUUGUUAGCAAAGUGCAAGAGAGUUUCCGUGCAUAUGAGCCUGAACAGGGCAAACGUCUUAUGCCUUCUAACAUACUAUUGCAAGGUCGUUCACGGCAGUCAAAAGGCAACAACAUAUGGCCGGAAAGGGCUUCGGAGUGGCUUUUUGGGUGCAGACCCCUAUUGACAAGAUUGCUUUCGAGCUUGUCAACAACAAUUGAAACUCUCGAAAAGUUUCUAUCCAACACGGACAUUUUCGAUGGUCUCUCUAUGACAGCACACAAGCACCCGUCCCUCUCUGGCAUCAACGCGACCAUCGCCGACCUUCGGACCUUGAAGAGCACCUUGAGAAACUUGAAGGAACGCUGCGACGAAAUUCCCCAAGAGCUCCAACUUCAACUCGAUGUCAACGCAGCUGGGCUGAGGAAUCAACAGAUCCAAUUCUACUUGGAUGCAGCCAAGCUCAGCAAGCAACAGCAUCAGCUUAAUCUUGAUGCAGCUACGCAGGCGGAAAGAGUGGCGCGCCUCAAUCAGCAAUUCUCGUGGAUGAUGCUAGUUUUCGUCUCGCCUAUAGCACUGGCGGCGAACUUCUUCUCCAUGGACUCCAAAGUCAUUCCGUUUGUGAAGCCGAACUUUGGAUCCUUUGCAGCCUUGGUCGUGGCCUUCGCGGGGUUGGGAACUGCCAUCCAGGCGGUUUUGAACAGAUGGCCCAAAGUCGUAGACCCUGUCCAGAAAUUCUACUCAGAAUUGGUCGAUACCAUGUCACGACUUCCGCGACGAGCCAGGAAUGUGCCUGGUGACGAAGAGGAUGUGAACAGGACAACCCCGUUAUCAAUCCCAGGCACCCCGGAAAAUCGCCCGGCACACAACAAAGCUGAACAGGACGGCGACAGCGGCUCUGAGUGCCCUCCUCGCACCGGCCUUCUCUUAAGCCCACGCGGGGAUGUUGAUUCUGCCGCGCCUGAUUAG